GCUUUGCGGAAACUUGCUAGAUUUGUGAGAACAUUUUUCUUGUGUAUGGGGAAAGUGGGGGGCGGUAGAUUUACGAAGGUCGCUGAAUAAUAGGACUGCACCGGGCAAAGCCGUUAUAAGGAAGACCUUUUUUGUUUUCCGUGCAAGGGCAUACCUUGCAUCGAGGUUAUCUUGACUCAACGGUGCUGGCUAAACAGCUUAGCUAACUGGUGCACUUGUCAAAUCAUCGACCUUCAGCGUUCCGGCUAACGUAUUCUCUACUAAUUCAGUAUCAUACAGCCAGCAGACAUGGCUUCGGUCGGAUUGAGAGCCUCUUACCACAGGAUCCUGGAUAAGGUCGAGCUUAUGCUGCCGCCCAAAUUCAGACCCAUGUAUAACCAUCCAGCAGGUCCAAAGACGGUAUUCUUCUGGGCUCCAGUGUUUAAAUGGGGCCUGGUUCUGGCUGGGCUGGCUGACUUGGCUCGGCCUGCAGAGAAGUUGAGCACUUCCCAGUCCGCGGUACUUACUGCCACAGGGCUGAUAUGGUCCCGGUACUCCCUGGUGAUCAUUCCAAAGAACUGGAACCUCUUCGCCGUCAACUUCUUCGUCGGUGCUGCUGGCAGUUCCCAACUCUUCAGAAUCUGGAGGUACAAGCAGGAACUGAAGGCGAAGGAGAAGGAGGAGCAGUCCUGAGCCCUUCCGUCCCGCCCAGUCCCAUUCUCCGGGCUGGACAGGGAGCCGUCCCCCCCCCGCCCCCCGGUGCCACAUCCAUCCCACCAUCCCCACACACUUACCUUCCAGUCAAGCCGUGCCUUCCUUGUCAACAGAAAAGGAGUCCAAAUUUGUAGUUUAGUUUUUGUUUUCUUUUUUUAGGUUUUUUUUUUUUUUUUUUUUUUUUUAAAUGGAGACCAUGUAACUUAUCAGAGUUUAAGAAACUGCAGGUGUUUCUACAAGUUUAUUAGCUUUCUAAACCUACCAAUGUACAAUUAGAGUACAGUAAAACCCUGAAUAAUGAUCAUGUGUUUUUUUUAAAAAGCAUAAUUUAACAUGAAAUAACUAAUGUCUGAUUGUAUAUUCAAGUGCUAAUUUAAGAAGUAUUUAACAUGUGUCAUGUUGUCAAGGGAAAGGUUGCUUUUCCCAGUUUUUCCUGUAGAGAAUCCACCUCACUGUAGGUUCUUUCUUUUUUUUUUAACAAAUUAAAUGCCUAGUUUUGGCUUGAAUACUGUAUAAGGAAUGUCUCCUAAUAAAUUUCAGAAUGGUUUUGAUUUGAUCUUUCUUGUUUGUCAGUUUGCUAUUAAUUGAAAGGUUGGGGUAGUCUGCAUUCUAACUGAAUUCAUGAACAUGAGUUUGCCAUUACUCUUAUUUUAAGUGGUACCAAAAAUGUAAAAAACAGUACAUUAAAGUCUGCGAUCCACUCUGUCAGACAUUCCUGGCUUCUAAACUGCUGAAAGUACUGUACCUGUAAUAUUUAUUGUUUAUGAGAUGAGGCUGUAAAGAUAUAUUCAAAAAUUGAAUUGAAUUUAUCAUUCUGCAUUUCAUUUAUAUGUCUGCAGUUGCUCCUGUGAUCUAUGAAAAAUGAAAAAGUAUAUUUUUCCCCAACAGAACAAAAAAAAGUUUUAUCACAGUUGAGUAAUGAAAUGCUCGGACUGGUAUAAGCCUGCCUUUCUGUUACCGAAAGGGUGGUUUUAUUCUAGACUUACAGUAAGGGGGUUUGUUGCUUAUUAUUCAACGAAAGCAGUUAAUACAUAUAAACAUAAGCUUUUUUAUUUUUUUAUUUUAUUUUUUUUACUUUUUCCCAGUAUUGUGUUGUAACUGAGACAAGUGCAUAGCAGUAACAUACAGUAUAAACAUGUGUCUUGUUUAUACUCAAAAGUUAUUCAGUAAGACUCCACUUGAAGGAUAAACGUCCUUGUUUUAAUUUUAGUCCUCUCAGAGGCUGGGUGAGAUCUGGAAGGGGGACGAUGUGUUCCAGGGGAUAUUACAUCUGAAGCCAGGUCCACUUAUUCUGGGAGUACACUCCAUGUUUCCAGUAAUCAUAAAACAAAUAAACCAUUCUGACAGU